AUGUUAGCUGCUGACACCGAGCCUGCUCUCAAUUACUCCACCGGGCCCCCUCUCGAUUACUCCAUCGUGCAACCUUUCCAUUAUUCUACCGUCACUCAUUUCCAUUAUUCCAUCGUGCCUACUCUCCAUUACUCCAUCGUUCCUCCUCUGCAUUACACCACCGCCCAUCCGCUCCAUUACUCCAUCGUACCUACUCUCCAUUACUUGACCGUGCCUCUUCUCCAUUACACCACCGCCCCUCCUCUCCAUUACUCCACCGUUCCUCUUCACCAUUACUCCAUCGUGCCUCCUCUCAAUUACUCCAUCGUUCCUCCUCUCCAUUACUCCAUCGUGCCUCCUUUCCAUUAUCCAUCGUGCCUCCUCUCCAUUACUCCAUCGUGCCUCCUCUCCAUUAUUUCUCCGCCCCUCCUCUCCAUUACUCUAUUGUUCUUUUUCUCCAUUAAUCCAUCAAGCCUUCCCUCCCUUACUCCAUUGUUCCUCCUCUCCAUUGCUCCACCGCCCCUCCUCUCAUUUACUCCAUCGUUCCUCCUCUCCAUUACACCAGCGCCCCUCCUCUCCAUUACUCCAUCGUUAUUUUUCUCUAUUAAUCCAUCGAGAUUUCUCUCCCUUACUCCAUCGUUCGUCCUCUCCAUUAUUCCAUCGUUCCUCUUCCCAAAUAAUCCAUCGAGAACACUCUCCAUUACACCAACGUUCCGCCUCUCCAUUACUCUACCGGGCACCCUCUCAAUUAAUCCAUCGUGA